GCAGAAAUUGAGGAAAUGUCUUCGGAAGGGACAAUGAGUGUAGUAGGAAGUGAGGUGAUGCCCCUGGAGUAUGGUGGCAUGGACUCGGAGAGUAGUCCGUCUCCAUCUAGUUCGGAGAGGACAAUGGAGGAGAGGAGGGAGCGAAGGGUAGUGGAAGAGGAGGAAGAAGAAAUUCCCUCAAAUAUUAUAGAGGUUGAGGGUAAUGUGGGUAGGUGUUAUGACCCCAAUUUGGACAUAGUGUCUGAGGUGAAGGGGUAUGUGAGUGAAUUGGGUAGCAGGGGUAGCCUUAGGGGUCUCGUGGGUAACUACAACAUUUUUCACCAAGUGCUAAUUAGGCCUGCCGGGGAUGAGGUGGAGGAAGUAGGGAAGUUGGUGAGGGAAGAAGGGGAGUUAGUGGAUAUCAUGCACCUCACUAGCGUAGAGGCGAUAAAGGCUGCCGAGCUCUAUGGGCCAAGCUCAUUGAGCGAAGUUGAGAUGGAUGGCUUUCUGAACGCUGCUGGGGGGCUGGCUAUCCCAAAGAAGCCAAGGAAAAAGUCAAAGACUUCAACUAUGGCAGAAAAAGGGGCUGCAAAGAAGGACAAAGGCAAGGAGCUCAUCUCCCCUCCUUCGUUCCAGAAGAGCUUAUUCGAUGCAACCAACAUCACUGGGGCAAAGCGGUUUCUGAAUGCCACGCUUCCAGUGGUGGAUUGGAGGCAGGCGAGGGAUGAGACAGUGAGACAACUAGGGGCUCGCGUUGUGAGGCACUCCCUAGAGGAAAGCAUAAAAGAUCGUGCCAGCUUGCAGAGGCAGUGUGAGGAACUGCAAAAGGAGAAGGAGGAGCUACUGAAGAAGAACAAAGAAAUACAAAGGAAACUGGAUGAAGUUCUACCAUCAGUAACCGAGCUCCAGAACGAUAAUGAUACCUUAAGCACGAGACUUGUCUUCGAAGAACGUAAGGGGAAGAUCUGUGAAGACAAGCUCGAGGCUCAAGACAAAUACAUUGAUAACAUGAAGAAAGGAGUGGUGGAGCUAAAAAAGAACGUGAAUCUGCUAGUUCACAACAGAAUGGAGGAGCACAUUGGCAACUUUCUCAACUCCAGCACCUUCGAGAACAUCAUCAACCUCUACCGGUUGCCGACUGCAAUUUUGGCUUUCACUGACUGUAGAAAGAAGGUGAAGGCUCGGUAUCUCGAAGUGGACGUCAUGACAGUCACAUUCGGCGAACAAGAAAAAGGGGUGAAGGAGGAUGGUGAAAGUCUUUCUGCUGACUUUUGACCUCUGAUCAAGUUGAGGUGGGAACAUCACGCGGAGGGACGCACUAUCUUCCCUCCAGCCUUUGAUGUUGAGUUGGUGGCCGUAGAGGAAGAGGAAGAAGCGCAAGAUGCUAGAGUGGGAAAGUAAGGUGUAAUUGAUUAAUAAAAUCGUAACCCAAAA